AGAAAAAAAAAAAGAAAAACGGGACUGCUAACCCACCUUCUUCCUCCUCUCUUGCUGUUACUGCGGAGCAGGGGAGGGGGGAUUUUGUACAGCACCACCAACACCUCCUCUGCUCCGCCGCACCACCACCACCUCUUCGCCUUCGCUGACGUCCGCCUCUUUAAAAUCGCCGAGCCCGCCUCCCUCAGCCGCCGCAUCGUUCAAUCGUUCGAGAAUGGGAAGAUCUCCUUGCUGUGAGAAAGCUCACACAAACAAAGGCGCGUGGACUAGCGAGGGAUGCUGGCGGUCCCUGCCCAAAUCCGCCGGACUCCUCCGCUGCGGUAAGAGUUGCUGCCUCAGGCCGGACCUCCAAGACUUAAAACCAUUUUUCACAUACUGAACCUCUGAAAACACACACACACACACACACAUCAAAUAAGAUAAUGGCAAAGGAGUUGAAAGAAAGCUCCAUGUACAUAGAACCUAAGCCAACCACAGAAGCUCGCCUAGAAAACGGUGAAGAAGCAAGCAAGAACUUCGACGACGAUGGCCGUGUCCGAAGAACCGGGACGCUGUUGACGGCGAGUGCACACAUAAUAACGGCGGUGAUAGGGUCGGGAGUGCUGUCACUGGCUUGGGCAAUAGCGCAGCUAGGUUGGGUUGUGGGCCCCGCCGUAUUGUUCGCCUUCUCUGUCAUAACAUACUUCACCUCCACCCUCCUCGCCGACUCUUACCGCUCUCCCGGCCCUGUCCAUGGCACCAGAAACUAUACUUACAUGGAUGUUGUUUUUAAUUUGGAUAAUUUCUUCCUUGAAUUGAUUGUGUUGAAUUGAAAUUGGAUUUACUCAUUCACAGAUUAGCUGUA